AUCACCAUAAUUUCAUUCCGUAUGUGUUGAAAACAAGACCAUUACAGCCAUGCUGGGUAACCAUUGUGAAGAAAAUGCAAUCAUAUAAAUGCAAUCAUGUCAACUUCACUCUCUCGCACUCCUGCCAUAUAACUAUAAUCAGCACAUGUUAUUCUGGGGCUGUCCCCAUAACCAACACAAAUUUUGUGCCAAACAGAUACCUUAGGAGGCUGAAGGUUUCAAGAAAGUAGUGCUGUAUAACACUGCAGACAAGUUCUAAUAUUUGAUAUUUUUCAAAAUUUUUUAUAAAGUCCAAAAUUAGCUUUUAUCUUGGAUGGCAGUCACGGGUAGAAUUAUUACUUGUUUUCACUGUUCUGCAAUAUAUAUUGCAGAUGAGUAAAAGUUUUGUUCUGCAACUUGUAAACAGUUUCUGAAAAUACUACAACUUUCUCAACCUUAUAUUUAAGUUAUAAUGAAAAAUUGCAGAUUGUAUGAUUUUUCUUCUGCAAUCUUGAAAAUAUCUCUGCAAAAUGCAGAAUGCAGAUGUGUAUUUCAAACACUGGAUGGUAAGAACAUUUCUGGGUCAAUUUUUCUAAGCUUUGUGUCGUAAAACAAUAAAUGACGUUAAUGUGCCCCUGCGUGGUUGCCAGGUCACUGCUUGCUUACGUAGGGCCGUUGACCUCAUCCUGCCUGCCCUGGAGUCAAUCUGUUACCUGCCAGACAACUUAAUAAUGCCGUGUUUGCUGAUUGGCUGGGGCGCCAAAAUUAUUCAUGCAGGUUCGAUGCCGGUGAGAGGGUUAAAGAUGAGGUGGGUAGGCCUAUGGUAAUAAAUCAGGCUUAUAUCUGAUGGGUACAAGUAGCGACGCACAUUUGGAGCCUUGCCAUGAUUCGACAGGCACCGGGAGUAGAGGCACUACGAUCAAUGGACUGUUAGGGUGGUAAUCAGUGUGCAGGAGUAAGGUAGGAGAGAUGGAGAACAACACCAGCAAUGGGACAGUAGAGGCCGGGGAAGGAGAGGACUGGUGGACAAGCUACACCCCACGGCUGGGGGUAUGGAAGACUGUGAUUGUUUCUGUGGUACUGGUCCUGAUAACCGUGGGAAACUUAGUGGUGAUGGUGGUGGUGAGGAAGGUGAGGUCGUUGCCUCUUGUGAGCCGAGUGGGGAUGAUCUCCCUGGCGCUAUCGGACCUCAUGGUAGGGAUGGUUUACGCUCCGUUUGCCCUACACAUGUCACUCGGUAAACAGGCCAUCAUCAAAGUGUGGUGCGUGGCUAACUGUUAUUUAGGGAUCUACUUCUCCUCUGUGUCCAUGUGUAACAUGGCAGGCACAAGUCUGGACAGAUUCCUGACAGUCUCACUGCCCCUGGUUUACAGAAAACAUUCCUCGACUAAAAAGUGUAUGGUGAUCGUGUGCAUGGCAUGGUUUUUCCCUGCUGUUUGCUUCAUCCCGCUGUUUCUCACCAAACUGAAGAUGAAGUACUUUCCUGACUCCUUGACCUGUUCUCUAGACUUCUACCACCACUACGCUUGGACGGUUUUCAUGAUUGUGGUCAUAUUUGGCCUGUGUUCCAUCAUCAUUGCCGUUUCCAAUGUCAAGCUCUAUAAGAUUGCCACCAGACACGUGCGAGCGAUCCGGAAACAGGAUCGCGACAAUCCCGCGUCCGGGACCGGCGAAUCGAGAAGAGGACGCAGGCGAUCCUCGGCGACCCACCCGACCGUGUCCAAAAUUCUCAUCACCGUAGUCGUGACCUUCUAUUCCUGUUGGACGCCGCUGAUGACCUACAAGGUGUUCACCUUCGUGGACAGAACGGACGGCCCCCACGGUCUGGGCUUCGCGCUGGUGUGGAUCGCAAUGUGCCACAGCUUCCUGAACGUCGUGACGUACUGUGUCUUCAGCGCCGAGUUCCGCAUGGGUCUGAGACAGCUGCUGCUUGCGUGCUGCGGCGACAAGUUUCCCUGCAAGAAAUGCUGCGGGAAGGAGUUGAGCUGUAAGAGAUGCGAGCUCCAGAACCAGCCCUACUGCACCUGUAACACCUCCAUCUCUCGAUCCAACCCCACGGCCACAGAGUCCUGUAACACGGGUGUCAUGCUCACCUGCGCAGCGUACUUCAAAGCAAAGGGUCGAUGCUUUGUGGGCAACGAAGUCGUGACUGUAGUAAAAGUCGUAAAAGGCGCCGGCCGCGUCAUGAAAAAGAGCAGUAGUGCGUCUUCAAACGGUUUCAAGUUUCAAGACAGGACAAGUGACAUGUUAGCUCCUAAAGAGAUGGCUGGCACAAGAAAUUCAAGCGAAAUCGGAGCAGACAGACUACAGGUAAAGCCCUUUCACAAGGCAAAGAAUCAAGGACUCAGCACAGAGACCACUAAGAAUGACAAGUUUCAAGACAGGACAGUUGACAUGUUAGCUCCUAAAGAGAUGGCUGGCACAAGAAAUACAAGUGAAACUGGAGCAGACAGACUACAGGCAAACCCCCUGCACAAGGCAAACAAUCAAGGACUUGCCACAGAGAUCACUAAGAAUGUGCCAGAAACAUUGGCAAAUAUAGAACCUAGUGCUCAACCCACUGAUGAUGAAAAGGAGAGCUUGAAAAGUUUGGGAGACCAGCAUAUAAGAGGAGAAGGAAAGUCAGAAGAUGUAACCAGUUGAAUGUUGGGACUUGAAUAGGUAAGCCAUAAAGAGAUUGUUGCUGCCGUGAGAGACAAAAAAAG